UUGACACACAUAUAUUAGUAAGGGAAGCAUAGAGUCGGCGGCUUCUUGUCUCCGCCCCGCUCCCGCUCCCACCGUUCUGCCCAAUCUUUCUCGUCUCUCGUCAAGCAAAGCCGAUUUUACAACUCAUACUAAAUCAGUGUAUAGAUACAUCCAUCAUCUCAUUUAUGCAGACUUGAAAGGCAGCGUAUACCCUUGAUGGACGAUGAUUUGAUCAAUGCUAUAGUAAUGGAUCUUGAUUUGAACCACGAACCUAUGGAGUCUUCUGCUUUAGGAUUAGGGUCUUCGCCCAAUUCUAGGAUAGAACAAAGAAUUCUUCACCUCGAGGCUGUUGCAGCUAGGUGGCGUCAGGUUCAUAAUUCUGCGGCUGAUAAUUCUGCUCCUGAUUCUGUUCAACAUCACAAUUGUCUAGGCAAGGGAAAAGGAUGCAAAAGAGAUAGAUCCCAUUUAGUAGCAAAGGCAUUGGAGAUGGAUGUAGUGGUUAAGAAAGUUGAUAAGAAUGGUCCAAGUUUCUUUGACUGUAAUAUUUGUUUUGAUAUUGCAAAAGAACCUAUUUUGACUUGUUGUGGCCAUUUAUAUUGCUGGUCAUGCUUUUAUAACUUACCCUAUGUUGAUUCAACUACAAAAGAGUGCCCUGAGUGCAAGGGAGAGGUCACUGAUGCAAAUAUUACUCCAAUUUAUGGCAAUGCCAACAGUUACUGCUCCAACCAAGUCCACUCUGCUUUCGAAUUACCACCAAGGCCAAAAGCAAAUAGAGUCGAGAGUGUUAGACAGCAGCGUGUCACUCGGGGAUUGUCUCAUAUACCAGUUGCUGAAGCACUUAGGAGAAUUAGGAAUAGUAUUGGAUUAGGCCAUAACCCACAGCAACUACACACUGGUGCCGUUAGUUCAACUUCUCUGAGCGGCUCUCACGACUUGCAAAAUACUGAGGCCACUGGCAGCCAGCGACCACGCUCCCGAGUGUUUUCGAGGGUAUUAUUAGAGGGCGCGGCUUCUCUUUCAUCGGAAUUAGGAAAUGUACAGAGGCUGUUUGAGGACAUUACAACGUCAAUUACAGAUCGCAUUCAUGAAAUAAGCAAUUUGCAAGUUUCACCUAUUGGUCAUGAUGAAGGUAAUUCUCUCAGAAGUGACGCUGCUAUCAUACGAUCAGAGCAUCAGACUCUGGAUUCAAUUGCAGAGGCAAGCUCUGUUGUAUCUCUUCCUUCCUCUUCACAAUCAAAUGAAGUUACUGAUGCAACACUUCAGAUGGAAAACCUGAGUGGUUUCUCAAGGCUUUCAGAUUUAGAUAGCGAAAUUGUUCCUGAAACAAGAAGAAGAAGAUUUAGCUGAUGCAUUUGAAUGAUCGAGGUAGACGCUUUUCUCGAAUGUGGUCAAGAAUGUGGUGUUGCCCUUGUUGGAAGUGAUAAUCUAGCUCAGAGAUUUACCGUCGUGGAGGAAUUUUUUGAUGAUAAGCUUUUAGAAAAAGAUAUGGCUGCUGAGAUUGUGGCAUCUUGUCUGUACAGCAGAUAGUAGGUACUUUUCUUAGGAAGCAAUGUUAUUGCCGUUGCUUAUUUAUACAUUUCGUGGCAGUUCCUGGUGGUAUGAUGACAGCUUUCGCUCAUGUAAAUGGUAUACCAGGUUUACUUAGAGUAAAGUUGAUCAUUUGUAUCAAACAUUUCUUUCCAGUUUCUGAAAUCUAAUGGGUACUUCUGCUCAU